CUCAAGCCGGGUACUUCCCCUAUCAGAUAAUCUUCUUCUCACAGUAGGUACAUACAAUGACAUUUGCGUUGAUGAGUUUUAGCACUGCAUAAGAAUGAGAUAGGCUAAGCGUCGGUCUGGAUUUCCGCGCACCUCGUUCAACUUGAUCGGCCGGUGGCCCUUGUCCAACACGAUUGACGAUCAACGAACUAAACGCCUGGCCGCCGCCCCUAGUAGUGUGCGGCUUUCGGCAGCAGUGUUUGCCUUUGAGGCCAAAACACGUAAUAAAUUUACCGAAAAGUCGCAAAGCAAAACCGCGCACCGUCGUGCGGGGUUCGCGCCUUCGUCCGUUGAUGACGCUAUUGUGGUGAUUUUGUGGCAGUCGAAAUUUUACGCCGACCAACAAAAAAACCCUGGAAAUGGUCAGCCGCGCGCAGGUGAUUCAACAAUCUUCACCAUCGCGAUCGACUCAGUCAGUAUCAUUUUGUCCACGGAUCGGUUAGCACGCGUUUGUUUUGCGUACGGCGUACAUUCGGACGGUUUGGCGCAAUAUUUCUUGGCAAACGGCGUGCAAUGGUGAAUGAAGAAAAAAUAAUCGGCGAGAGUAUCAUGACCUGAUAGAGAAAAACCCAAAAAAAAAAGACCGUUAGUGCUAAAAGUGUUGUGACUCAAAAAGCAAAUAGUCGAAGUGAGUUUUGUUUUUUUCGUGGAAGUGAACAGCAGAACCUGGUGGCCAUGAAUCUUCCCCGGAGAUAUUAUCUCUUUUAUUGGUUGGUGAUCAUUUUUAUGACGUCGGACGUGCACUCGCAAGACCACCUUGUCAAAGGCAAAAAUACGGCGGAUAAAACAUUGCGGGUUUGCGUCGUGGAGGGGAGCGGUUUGUACAAAAAGGGCGCCCAAAAUUGCCCCACCCUAGAGGCAAAGUCCAACCUCGAGUGCGUAUACGGGUUGGAUCGGCUCGAUUGUCUUCGGAAAAUUCAGAAAGGGAAGGCACAUUUUGCCGUUUUCUCUCCGGAAGACUUGCUGGCCGCAAGGUGGGCAGGCGCCGAAAUUCUAGUCACCAGCGAACUUCGCUUCCACAAUGAGUUCUUCGAGUAUGAAGUGGUGGCCGUUGUGGACAAUGAGGCCCACAUUAACACCGCACGAGAACUGAAAGGAAGUAAGUUCUGUCAUCCUGGCCACGGAAUACAGAAUCACUGGACCGAAGUUCUAGCUGAUUAUUUUGAGACUAAACUGGUCCCUCGCGAGUGCGAAGAAGAUCUUUCUCCAACAGAAUCGAGAAUAAAGGCUGUUGCCAACUUCUUUGGGCCUACCUGUAAGGCCGGGCCUUGGGUGUCGGACCCGGUAGAAGAUCGAGCUUUAAAAAACAAGUAUCCGUCUUUGUGCCAGUUGUGCUACAAUCCCUAUCAGUGUGGCAUUGGUGAUAAGCAUUGGGGUCGACGUGGCCCUCUUUACUGUUUGACCAGUGGAGCUGGUGAAGUCGCCUGGGUUCGCCUAGAUGACGUUAGGAGCCACUUCGGUUUUAGCGGACUACCACCGGAGGCAGAUCCUGCAGGAUUCAGUUUCUUGUGUCCGGAUGGUCAUUUGCAGCCUUUGGACACGAGAAAGCCGUGCGUCUGGCUAGCGAAACCUUGGCCUGCAGUUGCUGCUCAAAGAAACAUUGCCAUGAAAGUACAGGACACAGUGGCGGGUCUGAAUCACGACGAUACCCACAGCUGGCAGAACGCACUGCUCAUGAUAUUGGAGACGUACCACGUUAACGUUACGACCUUGGACAACACCAUUCCGGUGGAUGAUUAUCUGGACCAAGCGGUCGGCUUCCAAGAUGCGUAUAGUUUUCCAUCGUGUAAUCCACCUCGAUCGAUCCUGUUCUGCACCACGUCGUUGAUCGAGUUGGCCAAAUGCUCUUGGAUGCAAGAAGUCGCAUCGGUAUAUGGUGUGGAGCCUAACAUACAGUGCAUGCGAUCGGAUACGUUGGAUACGUGCCUUAAGAAUGUACAGCACAAGGUGUCCGAUGUGGUUGUGGUGGACCAAGACACUCGAUUGAGGGCGGAGCGUGAUUAUAAGCUGAAACCGAUUUUGUAUGAAUACUCUUCCACGUUAGAGGAUAAGUACGUUGUGGUUGCGGUAAUUCGAGCUGGAUCGAAGAUCAAAACUGGAUUCGACUUACGAGGAAAGAAGGCCUGCUUCCCGAGCUACCAGGGAGCAGCGUAUUUGUCGGUGUUGGAGUCGCUGAUGAAUCAUACUAACUUCAUCAAUGAGUGCACCGAUGUGUCGGGAUAUUUUUCGGCAAGUUCUUGCAACUGGAAGGCUGAUUCAAAAUGCACCAGCGUGUUCAAUGGAGAGGAAGGAUCUCUGCGAUGUCUUCUGGAGGGCAAUGGAGAUGUGGCGUUUAUGAGCUACGCAACAUACAAGAAAUUCAAAGGAAAUGAAUUCCAUUGGGCUCACAAGCACACCCCCUCAGAAUUCAGUUUGUUCUGUCCGUUCAACAAGCCCGUAAAAUCGAAAGCAGUUUGCUACCUAAACUGGGUGUCCCGCGGUCACAUCAUGAUCAGUGGUUCAGCUUCAGUGCUACGCGAGAAGGAGAUUUACAACUCGUUGCGGGAAAUUGACCGACUUUUGGGCAAAAAACAUCGAGUUACGUCGGUCCCUUUUACGCUGUAUGGUGAAUUUGACCGCAAAACCAACGUCAUCUACAGGGAUGGCACAGAAUCUCUACGUGGCCCAGUCGAGAUGUAUCGCGAUCGAAAUGCUGGCCUACUGGAUUCGAUAUACGCAAGGAUAGCACAUAGAAAUUGUACUCACAGCAGCGCCACCCGGACAGUGAUUUCGCCGUCGUCAGCCUUAGCCCUCAAUGCCAUAUUGAUUAUUAUUUAUUCCUCGUUUUACCUGUUGUGAUCUCCCCCAGUGACUGAAUAGCUUUUGAUUGUUAGAGAAAAACCAAUUUGUGAUAUUAUUUAUAUUUAAACACCACAAUAAAAGCAUUUUAGGAAACAUCCACACAAUCAUGCACUAUUUUGCUGUGUCCUCAUUAAUCAAGUA